AGUUUUAUUACCUCAUUAAAUUAGACCCUCUACAAGCCUGCAUCGACAUAAGGGAUAAAUUCAUGCAUCAAUAGAAUAUAGUUAUGAAAAUGUUAAAUAUGAGAUGUAGAAGAAGUUUAAAGCUUUGCGGAACACCAACAGAAGAGCUAUCAAUCAUAGCCCAACCCGUUAACAGGUAAUAAGUUUAAUCGACCUGAAAUUAUAUUCAACAUAUACCUGCAUAAAAUUAAUAUAGCCUUAUACCGCAUGUGUAGAUAUAGGGUAUAAAAAUGAAAACAAACAUUCAACUCAUGCUUCGGUCGAUCUCUAAAAUUUCACCUACACGGGCAUCUGUUUACUUUUUUAUAUGGGCCUUCUGCUUCUCUUUUCAUUUUUUGUAACGGAUAUUUUCAUCGUGUUCAUCAAGCAAGCAAUCGAUGAUACAUACAGUGCUGCAUUAUCGACCAUUGUAAGCAGUAAGAGAAGUAAAUUUAUCCAUUUUAAGGUAAUUACUCUUCCUCCUAUUUUUUUUUUUUUUUUUGUUAAUUAAUCUUCCUUCUCUUUAUAUGAUGAAAACACGAAUUCUUGCUUGAUUUUAAUUGAAAUGACGGAUAUUACCUUAUAAGGCUAAAAAUAACUCUUAUCCACAUUCGUGUAAGAAAUCGUUCCUAUUAAUAAUAACUUUUUUAGGAAGAAAUGGAAACAAUCUGCGGUAUGAAAUCGUUAAAAUUUAUUUAUUUUGUUUUUUUUAGUUUAUUCAAACUUGAGUGCGUGCAAUAUUAUAAAAAUGAUAUGGCAACUCUUUGUGAAGAACACUCAUCUUUUACAUGGUUUUUAUAAACCUGAAAACUUGGAAAUAUUUUUAGAAAUAUUUUCUAAGCUGAUUAUAAAAGUAAUAAGAUAAAGAGCAUUUUUUUGGCAAAGAAUGUUAAAAUUGCCCACUUUGGUAGCUCGCUUACAAGCUUCUCCUGCUGUUGCACAGCGCUCAUUACCCAUCACUCUAAGUGCAAUACAAAAAUUCUCCCAGUCACAGACAACGCUAAAGAUAUACAAUAUUAAUAAUCAUAACGAAUUCGAUCAGAAGAUCAUCAAUAGCAAUGUACCCGUUAUUGUUAACUUUCAUGCCGAUUGGUGUGCACCAUGCAAAACUCUUACCCCUAUGCUAACCACUCGAUUAGAGAAUGCCGAUGAUAUUGAUUUGGCCGUAAUCGAUGUCGACAAGAAUAUCGAUUUGGUAGAAACAUUUGAUGUUCGGGCCGUACCGGCUAUAUUGGUUUUUCGAAAUGGCAUUGUAACUGACAAACUUGUUGGCUUAAUGGAUGACGGAAAUAUAGAGGAAUUUAUUGAAAAAAUUCGAACGAAAGCACGCCUUCAAAAGGAAACCGAACGUGAAGAAGCGACGAAGAAAUCGAAAUGAUAAUAACACCAAUGCUGUAAUGUUUAUUUAUCUUGUGAAAUAAAUAUGUAUUUUAAUAUUUUUUAUAUGAGUACGUAGAUAGCCCUGUGAAAAUCAA